GUUGCCUGGAGUUACGUGAGAUAGUAUCAUUGAUAAAUAUUAAAUUAUAUUCUACCGCACUAUUACAAUUGUUUAAACUUUGUAACAAUUCAUCAGCAAAGCUAUUCGUUGCAUCAAGUUUUUGAGAAGAAAGCGAAAAUAUGAAGAAAGGCAAUCACAUAUCGACAUUCGUACAAGAAGGUGCAAAUUUGAAUGUAAAUGUGCGAGGGGAAGUUUUGUCUCAUUCCACUAGUCAAUUAAUUGAAAUACUGAGCAACGAAAAUAUAAUGACAUCAACGUCUACGCGAAAAAGACACAUUUGCAUUCGACCAAAAUCAGAGCAUCAACAAAAAUCGCAGCUGAAUGUCCAACGGGAUAUACAGUUGCAAGAAGCUCCGUGCGUAACAGAUACAUUUUUGGAGGUUACGAGAAAGAGUAGUCUUGGUCCUGCAAAACAAAAAAUUCCUAGACCUGCAAAUGCAUUCAUGCUUUUUGCAAAUGUAUGGAGAAAAAAGCUUGCUGUUGAAAAUCCACGGGAGUCCAACAAGGACAUAAGUGUUAGGUUGGGUAUACUCUGGAAAAAUAUGGCGAAGGAUGUAAAGGAGGAAUAUUUCACAUUGGCGCGCGAGGUCGAUGCUGAACACAAACGAAAAUAUCCAGAUUACGUAUACAAUCCGAAGGAGGCGCGUUUGCGAAAAGCAAUGCGUGAACAAAGCCGUGAGAUGUCACGACAGUCGAUAUUGCAAUCUGCCGUUGCAUCUGCCGUAAGAACUGCAUCUCCACUGAAUGUCAACACGUCGAAAAAUAUGAAUUUUUCACAUCAUCCGUCGGCGGGUUCUACAUCUGUCCUGGGUGCAGGGGCCACUAUAUCCACUUUGCCUGAAAAUAGUUCCAAUGAUAAUUAUGAUCGAGCAGUUAAUCCAUGGAUCUCGCUUGGACACGCAGCACCAAUUGGGCUUAUGAAACCAAUUCUUUUGUCAAGAGGUAUACCUGCACAUCAGGGGAUGGCAGACAAAAGUAACGAGAUGUUGAGGAUAGAAGUUGAUUGCGUCAAUGGACAUGCAUUCUCAAAUAGUUCUACGAGUAGUUAUGCCGGAGAUUUUGUGCAGCAUAACACUAAUGCAGAUACAGUUAGUGGACAGCCUAGUAGCGAUUAUUGUAUUAUCGCCGAAUUUACGGAGGGACAAAAAUGGCACCCGUAUCAGAAUGUUCCUAAUAGCUAUCACGGGGGGGGAACCCCAAUUUCAAAAAUCGCGACUUUGCAUGGGAAUAUUCCGAAUGCAGCUUCGCACACUCAUGGGGCUUGGACUCAAUUUUGCGGAUUACCAUUGCCUACCUCCACCACGCAAAGCGCGAUGCUUCGUAGCCCUCGACAUAUGCUCUUCCUUCAGGAUCACCGCAGUGAACAGCGCAAUUUCAUUGAUGAAGCACAUCACAAUUCAAAUAAGGUCGAAGUAAGAAACAGGCUCCCGGCUGCAUAUUCACCACAAGAGUAUUGGAUACACGAUGAAGAAAAGUGCACGGAAAAUGACGGACGAUGGAUGCAUGGAACUUCAAACGAGUUGAGUUCAUCCAGUACGUUGCAACCCGGAAGAAGACUCCAUACAGAUCUAUCAUCGGAACAACAGGAUGAUCAGAUGCAUUUGCAGGUGCGAAUGCAAUCUCGCACUUAUUCACAGAAACCAUUUAUGCAGACAUAUACUGAAUGUAAUUCAUAUCAGGCCAAUCAAUUAAAGAGUGAUGAAUGGUCCAAGGAAAACUUUUGCUGCAAGCAACGAUUGCCAGGUUUCCAUCAGGCAUUCGGAUCCACGGAAAUUGGUCGAUUUUCCCGUUCUCAAUUCUUCACGAGUAUGGUUGGCAGCGAUAGUGACAACAGCUGGUACAUCUACUUUUGGUCCCACUGCCGAUGGCGCCUCUGUUGGAAAUUUCACAUUAGCCGCUCACUACAACGAGGUCCGGAACACCCCCGCGUCCCGAUGGCACAAUCCAUACGUGGGUGUUAUAGGUAGCGAAAUUUAAGUGAUUAAUUAGAUCAUUUCUGAUUGCUAGAAAAAUGUUACUAUUCUUACCAUUAUCGUCAUAAAUAAGUGUGAUAUGGUGAAAGUAUUUGUAUACAUUAUUUUUGUUGUCACAUUACUUUACGCGGUCAUUAUAAUUAUAAUGGUAUCUCGAUUAAAUAUUUAGAAUAAAAAUAAAUUCAUACGUAUAAACUCAAAUUAAAAAAUGUAUAGGAAUUUUCGAUUUUAUAGGUUGUGUGGCUUUUGGUUUUGAAUCUAUAAGGUUCUAUUUCUUUUCAUUUUAUGUUUAACUGGAAAUAAUUUACAUGCGUGGACAUUCUUCUACGCGAACAUUUUUAUAUAGUCGAGUAUUUAUUUUGGAAGUUCUCGUAUAUUUUUUGUUUUGAACAAGUUAUAAAUUUGUUUCUCUGUCUUCGAGGAUCUUAGACCAAAAUUAUAUUACUAAAUACUGAUGUGUUCAUUAUAGGUAUUUGAAGGAAAGAUUUAUUAUUCAAGAAGUUUUAAAGAGGAUGCCUUUCAUUUUCAAUUUUUGUCCUGUUUAUAUUUACAAGAAAGUAUCUUCAUUGGCAUUGAUAUAAUACGUAGAACCACGGCGAUGAUCUUUUCUUUCUUCUAAUUUGUUAUACUUAAUGGUUCCGUUAGCGAUUGUUUUUUCCGAAUUUUUUUCUGAAUAAAUGAAAGCUUUGUAACAAUAUUUAUUUCAUUACCAAAAAAGUGCCAUUUCAUGAGCACAAGAAAGUAUAAGUUGAAUUGAUUAUUGAUGUUAUGCGCACGUGUGUUUGCAUAAUAAUACAAUUUCGAGCAUUCUUAAUUUAACAUAUCAAAAUGAUAAUCAUAAUUAUAUUUUACCACAGAAAUGCACAAGUAAAUGAUAAAAAAAUGUAUGUGAACUUAAUAAAUGAUUUUGCUCUGUUUUAACCGUUUAAUCCAAUUUUCAAAAAACCAUACUAAACUUGUGACAAAAAGAAAACGCAGUUUGAUGUGCAAAAAAGUGGACAAAAACGAAAAUAAAAAAUCAAUAGAUCCGAGGUCUGUAAUUGUAUACUGAUGCAUUCACACAUGACGUGUUAAUAACGUUAUACUUAAAAAAAUCCAUGGAAGUUUCUUGUAUAUCUGUAAUACGUAUGUAAUUCAACAAAUGGCGACCAUAAAAACAAGAGGGCUGACAGAUUGAAUGUAAUCGAUCAAAUUUUAAUUGGUUAUCAAACUUGUGCCUUUCGAUGGACUGGGUAUAUUAAGUAUUAUUACAGUUAUUAAGAUAAUCAAAGUGAAUUUUACAUACCUAUUAUUAUUCAUUAAAAGCUGAUUUCAUCAUUUUCACCAUAGGCGCGUACUUGCUCUUUAUAUAUACAUAUAUAUGAGUGAGAUAUGCCAGCCCCCUUAUCUAAUUAAUUCUUAAAUUUUUAGAUUGAAAUAAUUAAUUGGAAAAUUUGGGGUGCAUCUAUGUAAUUGAACUAGGUCCAAUAUAAUUGACACAGAAACAAAAUACAUUUUACGUCUAUGUUAUGUCGAAGUCAUGUCCUCGAGAAGGGUUGCGUUUGUGGAAUACAUAAAGAAAAAAAAUACAAGGGUUUGUAACGAAAUAUUCUGGAUUUUUGUAAGCAAGACAUGUGGUUGAUGGGUUCUGCGUUGUGGAACGCAGAACGAUUUUGUAAAUAAUAUUGAAUAUGUAAAUUCGAACAAUGCAUGCAUCUCAUACAGAUAUGAUAAUCAAAGUCGAAGCGUUCUCUAUGUUAACAAAUUAUUAACAUUAAGUAGAUAAUUAUUAUUUAUUAUGAAGAAAUUAAAUAUGUGAUAAAGGAAACACACAAUACCCAACACACGCAGACAUACCCCACACACUAGAAUCUACGUACCCAUAUAAAUAUAAAAUUGUCUAUUAUGUAAAUGUUAUGAUAUGAAAGGAAAAUAAGCGAGGUUGUCCUGAUAUUCCACAAAGCUUAAAAUUUAAUUUAUUUCCAAUUUAAAAAAAAACCUUUCUUCCGUAAUUCGAUAUACGUAUUCAAGCAUAGAAUAAUGACUAUAUAAGUCAGAAAAGCUUUACUAAAUGUAUUUUACUAAACGUAUAGUAUUUUAUUAUUUAGUUUUAUAUUCUUUCUUUUUUUUUAAGUUACGCUAUUCCGUGUACUUUAAUGGAUUUGACAAAGUUUUUUGGCAUAUAAAAAUUACAGACUAAUUAAUGUUUUGAUGAAUUGAUUGGAGGUAGAACAGAACAAUAAUUGUAAAUAUUGUCUCUCUCAUUAUUCAAAAUGCACGUGCAUUCAUAUUUACUAAAUAGGAAACUUAAAAAAAAGAGACAAAGUAUAAAUAUAACGCAAGAAGCCGUCUCCUUUUGUUUGUUGUCGUUCUACUUGGAUAACAGUGCUUCAUUUGAUCACUUGCUAAAAAUUGGUCAUUUUAUUUAUUUGAAAAUUGCGGCCGAAGUAGUGAUAAUAGCCUAGGGGAGAAUGCUACGUUGCUGCUUGUAAAUAGAGCAGCCAAAAGCACGAAUCGUAACUUAGAAUCACAGGUCCAACUAACUUUUCAAUGGCUGCUGGUUAGGACAGAGAAUUUUUUAAAUUCGAAAAACAUCACAUGGGUAUAUGGGUUUUUGAAUAAAAUUAUGUUUAGUACGUGCGUACAUGCAUAUAAGUUGUAUGUGAUAUGAGUAAAAUUAUUAUUAUUGACAAUUUCGCUAAUGAGUAUGAUAAAUAUUCUGUAAGAAGAAAUGAAGAUACUGUAAUAAAUUUGGUAAUUAUAAGUGGUGGUUAUCUUUGUUGAUGGAGA